CGGUGAAGGCCAUUUCCUCGUACAACUGCAAACGAUCGUCUCCAAAAGAAAAGCAAAAAAUGGACGCUGCGAUUCUUGGCUCUCAGGACUACCUUCAUGGCCGAAUACGCCACGAAACCCUAACCCUAGCCUCUUCUUUUAACCCUCGUUUACGAAACUCUGAAAAGCAUACUAACCCUACCACUCGCUUCUCCGACUCUCGCCGCCGUAAGCCCAGGUCUGUAGGGCUGCAAUCAAAUUCGGAAAACUUCAAUCACCAUAACCGGUCCCACACAGGCUCCAUGGUAGCCAGGCUUCCAGCCAAAAAUCUCGUUAUGGGCGAGGUCAAGAUCUUGAAGCGCGGGGAAUCAUUUGCGAAGACUGAUAAACGGGUGUCGAAGGAGAAUCGGAAGCCGAUGGUGAAGUUAGAAAAGAACGCAGAUCUCGUUUUAGGAUCAACGGACCGGCUGGGACCAGACCCGGAGACGGUUCAGAAGCAAAUUAGAGUUGAUGAUUUUAAUAAACUCGUGGAGGGGAUGUAUGCUGGAUCGGCAUUUGUAGCGUCGCCGCCACCGAGUUCGCUUCCGGUCCCGGGUUUUUUAGGGAAGAGCAGUAACGGAGCGGCAACAAAUGAUCUCCGGCGAUUAUUAAGACUUGAUGUGGUUUAAUUUCUGCAAUUAUAGAACAUGUAGAUCUGUCUGUAUUACUCUUCAUUUUCUUCUGAUUGUCGAAUGGAAGCUCAAUUUCCUUCCUUUAUUUUUUCAAGAGGAAGGUUAUCGAGUGCAAGCUAGUGGAACUGACUAAUAAUCAAAGGCUUGUUGGCUUUGUGUGGAGCAGUGAGGAUUAGGUGACGUAAUCUGUUGCUUUUACUCAAAUUUUAGGCAAUUAAGGUUCUGUUGUAUAUACUUUCAGUCCCCUUCAGAUUUUCUGUUUUGCGUUGUUCAAUUCACGUAAUCCUUUUUACUUUGUACUUUGUAUCUUUUGCAAUAAAAAUUUGUACAACUUGUGUUAA